UUACGAUGUUUCCGAAAAGAAUCCUGUUUAAAUUUUUUUUUUACAGAAUGGAGCAUCCACCUUGAGAAUUUUGGUAUAAAAGAAUCUUCAAAGGACGCUUCUGUAUCAGUUACAUCAGGUCGUCUGGUAUAAACAUAAUCAUGUCUUUCAAAGUAUUCGUUGUUCUCGCCUUGGUGGCUGUAGCUAACGCUGCCCUCAUUCCUGAUGUGCAUGUCGUUGCUGAGCAUGAAGCACCAGCUCACUACAAGUUUGGUUACCAAGUAAGCGACCCUGUGACUGGUGAUCAAAAACACCAGGAGGAAACCCGUGAAGGUGAUGUUGUCCAAGGAAGCUACUCUCUCGUUGAAUCUGAUGGUACCAGACGUGUUGUUGAAUACACCGCUGAUGCUGUAAACGGUUUCAACGCUGUAGUACACAAAGAACCCGCUGUUGCUGCUCCCGCUGCCCACCAUGUUGUAGCCACUCCUGCCGUCCACCACGUUGCUACUGCUCCAGUUGCCCAUCAUGUUGUAGCUGCUCCAGUUGCCCGUCAUGUUGUUGCUACCCCACUAGCUCACCCUGUGGCCUACUCUCCUUAUGUCUCUUCCAGAGUUGCAUCCAUUCCAGCAUUGUCAGCCUACUCUGGAUUGUACUCUCCAUACCACGCCUAUAACCAUCCAGUCUACACCCCUUACCAUCAUGUCUAUUAAUUGGUUAUGAUCAUUGAUUUUCGCCUAAUUAUUGUUUAUUUUUGUACAGUUAUGAAAUAAAGUUAAUUUUGUAAUGGAA